AUCAACCAAUCCGACGAGCAUCUUCACAGCUCUCACUCCCACUCGCGUAAGAUGGCAAGCACUCAGGACGUGAGCAUGGACGGCAGCCUUGUGGACUACGCACCGGUCGGCUCGAGCACGACGACGCUGUCCGUGCACAACGAGGAGGAGACUGGCAUCACUGUGCCCGUGGGUGGCAACGAGCCCAGCGGCCGGUACAUCCUGGUGGCGGGGCGCGCCGACGAGAAGGACGGCGUGCGCCUGCCGAUCCCGGCGGGCGUCCUCAAGCCUGGGAUCACGUACCGCGUGGCCGGGUGGAUCAGCCUGGGCGCAGGAGCGGCACAUGGCACCAGCCACCCGGUGCGCAUCCACCUUGACGUGGACGAUAAUGGCAACGAGACCCUGGUGGAGUGCGGCGCGAUGUGCGCCCAGGAGGGCGCGUGGACGGAGAUCAUGGGCGCCUUCCGCCUCAGGACGGAGCCGCGCAGCGCCGCUGUUUACGUCCACGGCGCCCCCGCCGGCGUCGACGUCAAGGUCAUGGAUGUCCGCGUCUUCCCUGUGGAUCACAAGGCGCGCUUCAGGCAGCUCAAGGACAAGACUGACAAGGCACGCAAGAGGGACGUCAUUCUCAAGCUUGGAGCGGGCGCGGCGGCGUCCGUGCGCGUGGUGCAGUUGGACAACGCCUUUCCCUUCGGGACGUGCAUCAACACGUCCGUCAUCCAGAAGCCGGCCUUCCUCGACUUCUUCACCAACCACUUCGACUGGGCCGUCUUCGAGAACGAGCUCAAGUGGUACCACACCGAGGCGCAGCAGGGCCAGCUCAACUACGCCGACGCCGACGCGCUGCUCGCCUUCUGCGACCGCCUCGGCAAGCACGUCCGCGGCCACUGCGUCUUCUGGUCCGUGGACGGCGACGUGCAGCAGUGGGUCAAGAACCUCAACAAGGACCAGCUCAGGUCCGCCAUGCAGAGCCGCCUCCAGGGCCUCGUCUCCCGCUACGCCGGCAGGUUCAAGCACUACGACGUCAACAACGAGAUGCUGCACGGCCGCUUCUUCCGCGACCGCCUCGGCGACGAGGACAUCCCGGCGUACAUGUUCAAGGAGGUUGCGCGCCUGGACCCGGAGCCCGCGCUCUUCGUUAACGACUACAACGUCGAGCGCGCCAACGACCCCAACGCCACGCCGGAGAAGUACGCCGAGCAGGUCGCGUGGCUGCAGCGCUGCGGCGCCGUCGUGGGCGGCAUCGGCCUGCAGGGCCACGUGCAGAACCCCGUCGGGGAGGUCAUCUGCGCCGCCAUCGACAGGCUCGCCAAGACCGGCGUGCCCAUCUGGUUCACCGAGCUGGACGUCCCCGAGUACAACGUCAGCCUCCGCGCCAAGGACCUGGAGGUGGUGCUCCGGGAGGCGUACGCGCACCCGGCCGUGGAGGGCGUCGUGUUCUGGGGGUUCUUGCAGGGCACCAUGUGGCGCGAGAACUCCUGGCUCGUCGACGCCGACGGCACCGUCAAUGAGGCCGGCCAGAUGUUCCUCAAUCUCCAGAACGAGUGGAAGACGGACGCCCGCGGGAACGUCGACGGCGAUGGCAACUUCAAGUUCAGGGGCUUCUACGGGAGGUACGUCGUGGAGGUUACCUGCACGGCGACCGGGAAGCAGAUGCUCAAGACCUUCACCGUGGAGAAAGGAGACAACGACACACCUCUCCUCGUCGAUUUGGCCGACGCUUGACCGACGCACGGUGAAUCUAUCUACCAUACUGCUAUUUAUACCGAUAUAUAAUUACAUGCAUGCAUUUGUGUGUGAUGUGAUUGAAGGGACGACACGUCAAGGAAUAAGGUUGAAUAACUUUUCACAUUUCUAAGGUAACGGCUAUUGUAUUUUGUAAGUGUAAGGUAUUGUACUCCUAAAUCUGGUGAAGAUGAUUAAAGCAAAAGGCCUAUUGGUCUUAUAUUUUAUAUGUAUCCAUGGUAUGUAUCAAUGUAUGUGCAGACUCUCUGCUUCUUUCAA